AUGGAGGUAAUCGGUACACGCCCAGUGGCUACUCUACCAAUCUUACCUAAUGACCGUAUGGGUCGACCCAAACCAGUAGUAAUCAUCGGCGACCCGAUGUCGCCAAACAGGCAUUUUCUCGGCCAGAAUUCAUGGCACGACUUGACAUAUCAAUGUCUCACACCUAUCCAGUUGGGAAUGUUUGCGCAAGGUCGCUCACACGGCAGUCAG